CAUCCAAACCAUCAUCCACUAAGCCGAAAACCUUAUCUCAUCUCUUCUCAUUCACUUCACCAUGGCAGCUUCAGCUUCGUCUCUCGCUCUCUCCACCUUCAACCCUAACUCCUUUCCUUUCUCCGUCUCCAAACCCUCCUCCUCCCUCUUACCUCCUUCCCUCUCUUUCAAACUCAACUCCCUCUCCUCUUCCUCCUCCGCCAAAUGCAACUCUCCCGCCUCUCGCUUCCUCCGUAACGUCGCCGUCACGGAAGACUUCUCUGUCGAAGAAGAAGACGGCGGUUUCGUCGAUGACGUGGCGCCGCCGCCACAGGAGCAGUCCUUCUCUGCUGACCUCAAACUCUUCGUCGGUAACCUUCCGUUCGACGUUGACAGUGCUCAGCUCGCUCAGCUCUUCGAGAGCGCAGGGAACGUUGAGAUGGUUGAGGUGAUCUAUGACAAGGUGACAGGACGAAGCAGAGGAUUCGGGUUCGUGACAAUGUCUUCUGUCUCUGAAGCAGAGGCUGCUGCUCAGCAGUUUAAUGGCUAUGAGUUGGAUGGUAGACAGUUGAGAGUAAACGCAGGUCCUCCUCCACCAAAGAGGGAAGACUCCUUCUCCAGAGGACCCAGAAGCAGCUUUGGAGGUGGUGGUGGUUCAGGAAACCGUGUUUACGUCGGGAAUCUCUCGUGGGGAGUCGAUGACAUGGCUCUCGAGAGUUUGUUUGGGGAGCAAGGAAAGGUUGUUGAGGCUAGAGUUAUCUACGACAGGGACAGUGGUCGGUCCAAGGGUUUUGGGUUUGUGACGUAUAACUCUGCUCAAGAGGUCCAAAAUGCUAUCCAAACCUUGAAUGGUGCUGAUUUGGACGGGAGACAAAUUAGAGUCUCGGAAGCUGAAGCUAGGCCUCCUAGGCGCCAGUUUUGAGCCCUUUUCUCAAAAACGCAUAUUCUAGAGGGCGCUUUGAAGCAUAUAGAGUUUUGUGAGAGGAUGGCAGUUUCGGACCCGUACUAAGAAGCUCUUCUUCACCUAUGCUUGUUAUGCAAUGGAUGCUCGGGAUGGUCUUUUUAUUUCGAGAAACAUAUAAUUAAGAUUAUAAAGUGAAGAACAUGUUCUUGUCUGUCUGAAUGCUGGCCAUUGACGGCUUCGCUUUGGUUUGCUUCAAGUUUUAUCUCUAUUCAAUUUGCUUCUCUA